UCAUCUACCUGCUGCCCACUUCUCUCGCGCGUCUUGAUUGGUCGUCUCGAGCUGAAUCCUCUUGAAUGAUUUCAAACCCGAGUGUUUGGACAAGAGGGAGGAGAGAGGCGGGGGGUCCACUGAUAAUUCCGAGGCUGCUGGGUGGAAAGGAUUGAGUCGUCAGUCCACUAUCACACCGCCUCACUGAAGACGCUUUUAUCCGAGGAGACGGUGAAACACGUCCAAGAGGACUUUUCUUAUAGGUUGCGCGUUUUACUCGAACAUUUGCUGUUUUGCGCGAAAUUAGGUUGAAUUCACCUAAACAUAAAAGAAGAAGCUGGCGGAUUUCACGUUUUCCAUCAUGUGAAUGUUGUGAUGUCCAGCAGAGACGGUGCACACUGUUACGGGUCGCUGUGUUUUUGCCGACAGGACUCGGUGAUCGGAAAUCCCUGAUAAUCGAUUUUAUAUCGCUUGUUUGUUUCUGACCGACUGUGACCACCAACUGUUGUUCCUUUUUAUUAUCGGCCUGUUGAAGAUCAGGGCAUUAUCGAUACUUUUCUGAUGUUUUUUCUCCCCUUUUUGGACAAUGUAUUCAUUUUUUAACACGAUUCCGCAAUUGAGGUUAGGUUAGUGAGUUUCUGAGAGUUAAUUUUAAGCAGCUGCAUAAACGAACUGAGACUCGCAGCCGCCACAGUCAUGGCUAAAAAUCCGUCCGAGGGGCCGAAGGAUGACCUGAGCCAGCUGACGGACGACGAGCUGCUGCGGUGCAGCAAAGAGGAGCUGGUUAGGAAAUUAAGGAGGGUUGACGGCGAGAAAAUGAACUUGAUGAUCGAGCAUGGCAACAUGAUGAAGGACAUUAACCGGCGGCUGCAGGUGCACCUUCAUGAAAUCCGGAACCUGAAGGAGAUCAACCAGAAGCUCCAAGAUGACAACCACGAGCUCCGGGAACUCUGCUGCUUCCUGGACGACGACCGACAGAAGGGCAAGAAGCUGUCCCGGGAGUGGCAGCGUUUCGGCCGCUACACAGCCAGCGCCAUGUGGAAGGAGGUGGGCACCUACAUGAUGAAGCUCAAGGAGCUGGAGGCCAACCAAGAGACUGUGCUGAGGGAGAACUCUGAACUGAAGGAGAUCAUCCUCAUGCUGGAUGAAGAGAGGAAUGGGGCAGGGUCCCGGAGCUCCAUAGAUAGUCAGUCCAGCUUGACCAACCUGAACGGGGGCACCAGCACAGUCAGGGAUGUUGGAGAUGGGAGUAGCACGUCCAGCACAGGAAGUGCCGGUAGCCCCGAUCACCACAAUCACAACCACAUGCACAAGCCCUCAGAGAACGGUAAGAUGGGGACCACGAUAAGAAGAUCCAUGGAUGACCUAUCAGCGCCACAUCAUCACAGAAGCAUCCCCAAUGGACUGAAUGAUUCUUCCACCAACUACAUCAGGCAGCUGGAGACGAAAGUGCGGAUACUGGAAGACGAUAACAAUAAGCUCCUCUCACAGGCUUAUAGCCGCUAUAGCUUAUCGCAAAUACAGACGAGAAAGUGUAACCCAGGUGACCUUCGUGCCCUGAGGAAGGGAAUGACUCUGUACCACUCAGAGUCCCAGCUGUCCUCACUGCCCCAGCGCCAGGAAGCCAUGCACAUGGGGACUGGACGCCUACCAACUAGCGAGUCCUCUCCAGCUACAGGCUAUUUGUCCUGCGUCCAAAAGCCUGAGGCUGUGGUCCAUGCCAUGAAGGUGCUGGAGGUCCACGAGAACUUGGAUAAGCAGGUUCCUGAGGACUAUGAGGAUGAUCUCAGCGAGAAAGAGAAGGCCAUUGUGCGAGAGAUGUGCAAUGUGGUGUGGAGAAAACUGGGUGAUGCAGCAGGAUCAAAGCUGUCCGUCAGACAGCACCUCUCUGGUAACCAGUUCAAAGGCCCGCUGUAGCAUAUCAGCCCUAGAGAGAGACGGAGAGAUAUCUGGAUCCACACUCACCUGAACGCCACCUUCCCACCUGCACCUACACGGACCCGUCACGCCACCGUGCUCCCUCCUGCCGACAGCACCCGCCAUUCCUCCGGCGAACGCUCUCUUUUUAGACUGGCUACAGAAUGGACCUGUUAGUCUC